AAGCUGCUUGGUUCAGAUGAGAGAGCCUGUUUUGAGCAGAGGUGCAUUGAUGGAUUAAUGCGCGUAGCGAAGACUGAUGCAGCUUGAUUUGGUCCGGAGACCCGCGGGCCUGCCGGUGCAGGCCUUGACUGGCGGGCAUCCCAAGGGCGUCGAGCAGGUCCAGAACCUGUACAGAAAGGGCUUCCACAGCGAGGAGCUGCUCUUGGCCAAACAGCUGGCUCGAAAGAUCCUCAGUGACGAAGUGCCAGAACUGGAGUCUCAGGGUGCCUUCUUUAGGCCCGUCGAGGAGAUUUACGAUGGGCUCCUGGGAAGUGAUGGCAGCCAGCGGUGUGCGCUGCUGGAGACCUUCAUGGAGCUGAGUGAGGAGGCCGGCGCUGCUCGCGAGCGAGAGCUUUCGGUGGAUCCCCUCCAGUCGGGGAAGAUGCCGAGUUUGCUGCAGCUCACGGGCGAGAUCUCGGAGCGCUUCUCGCAGCUGGCGACCUGGGCUCCGAACAUCCUGGACUUUCAGGUGACCUCGCGCAGCCCUUUCAUGCUCUUGGAGGCGGGGCAGAGCCGUGGCGACAAAUCCAAAGCGCCGAAGCUCAGCAACGAUGCCAUGCUCAAGUGGAUUCAUAUCUUCCAGCGACAUCGCUUCAUGAUGCUCCUCUGUCUUGGGCCGGAACCUGGUAGCCUUGAGCUACGACCUCUGGCGGAAGAUGCUGGAACGCAUCGGGUGCAGUUGAGACCUGGCUCCUUGGUCUUCCUGCGCGCGGAUUGCCUCACGCACCGCUUCAGCUCACGAGGGAAAUGCUUCAUGCUGACGAACUUCCUCCUGGGGCCGAAUCCGCAACGCAAUGCGCCGUUGGCGUCGCAGUUGCAGGAGGACUUGGGGAGGCAUCUCCUAAAGAUCAAGGAGUCGGCGAAGAACGAAGAGGAGUUCGAAGCGCAAACGAGCCGAGCCAUUCAGCGCAUUGCCAAUCAGAACCUCCACAAGGGCCAGCAGUGCGCCGUCCGGGGCUGUGCAGCCAGGGAGCCCGUCGCUGCACAUGACCCGGAUGCCUUUUGCUCGGCGAUCAUGGCAGGCAUUGACGGAGGUCAGAUGGUACCGCACCUGCGCUGGGAUCAUGAACAGUACUACUCCCAAGAUCCGAUGAAGGAUGCUGCAGGCCAGUGGAAAACGCACUGCAACCACGGCUGCUUCAUGGAGGGCCUGGAACUCUUUGACAACAAGAUGUUCAAGAUCAGUCCAAUGGAAGCCACUGGGAUGGAUCCCAAUCAGCGACAAGCCUUGGAGGUCUUCUACGAGACCACCAUGAGCGCCGGCCUGGAUGAGAAGAAACUCAUGAGGUCGAACAUCGGCGUCUUCAUGGGUGGCCCCGGGGGCGUGAACUCGGAGUUUGGGCAAGUGCCCAAGGACGACGUGGGCGGCGCUUUGGGCUCCACCAGCGGCUCCGCGGCGAUCAUGGCGAAUCGGAUCUCCUUCUGCAUGGGCAUCCACGGGCCCAACUUCUUCAUUGACCUCGAAGGGGCGGCCUCCUUGACCGCCUUCAACCUCGCCGUGGAUUCCGUGCAGCGUGACAAGGCUCAAUGCAUCGCCGCCGUGGCCUUGGGGGUGGAUUGCAACGUGCAUCCCCAAGGUCUCCUGACGCUGGGCUGGGCGGGUCUACUCUCCCGGAAGGGACGGUGCUUGAGCUUUGAUAGCUAUGCGGAUGGCUACAUCCGAGGAGAAGGCUAUACUGGGCUCUAUGUGAACCCCUUGAUGAAGGAGGAGAAUGGCAAGAAGACCAUCGACGAGGACCCGCCCAUCAUCGCCUUGGCCUCGGGGACCUUCAUCAACAACAACGGCAUGUGCGCCUCCCUGACGGCGCCGAGUGGUGCGAUGUACCAGGAGCUGGUGGCCAACUGUUUGCGGAAUGCUGACCUUUCACCUUUGGACGUAGAUGCCGUGGAGUGCCAAGCCGCUGGCAAUGUCUUGAGUGAUGCCGUGGAGGCCACAGCCUUGACCCGAGCUUACCGGUCCCUGGCGAUGCACGAGGGUGCAGAGGAGGAGAUGUUGGGCCUGAUGUCUGCGAAGACCAACCUGGGCAAUAUGCGUCCGGCCAUGGGAUGUGCUGCCUUGCUUCGGGUCAUUGUGGGACAGGCCAUGGGCUGCAUGCCUCCUUCGCUUCACUUGCACAAAAUGAACCCGCACGUGCUGGCCAUGGAUGAGGUGCCCAGCUUCUUCGUGACGGAACCCGUGCAUCACCGCAUGGUGUCCGCCUUCGUGGCCUGCACGGCGAGCGGCAUUGGCGGCUCCAACGCACAUUCCAUCCUCUGGGGCAAGGCGUGUGCUAGGCAAGUGAAGAUGGAGAAUCCUGUCCAGGCAGAGGAUGUCUUGACCUUCUGGCCGGGCGGCGGAGGGGAUUUGGACCCCAUUUGUGAGCCCCGGCGAGGAUGCAGCAUCGUGGGUUCGUGGUCACUGAUGGAUACUCCACAGCAGAUGAGAGGAGAGGGCCUGGACCAGUUCAGCUUCGUGGUCACCCUGGGCGAGCACGGCUGCGAGUGGUUUCAGAUCUGGCUCGAUGGCGAGCGCGAGCGGAUCUUGCAUCCGGCGGUGCCGAGGGGACUCAGUACUGCCAAGGUCCAGGGGCCACAUCACUAUCGUCAGGUGGCCACCUUUGGCUGGUGUAUCGAUACUCGACCUGGCAAGACUGAAGAGAGGUAUCCCGACGAGGGAGUCCCGGGCGAUCAAUUCAAGGUGCAACUGGUCACCAAGGGACGCUUUCGCUCGGUGACCUGGGAGAGGUUAGACACCCAGGAUUUGCAGAGGAAUGGCCUGCCGAAAACGAUGGGUCGCUAUUUCAUCGUUGGCAGCUGGAACGAUUGGCAGCCGGAGGAAAUGGCGCUCGAAGACGAGGUGCUGGGCCGCUUCUCCAUCAAGGCAGUGAUGCCCAAGGGAAAGCAGCGCUUUCAGAUUCUGCGGAACCGUGACUGGCGACAAAUGAUCUACCCAGAGACCGGCUACGCAGAGACGCCCGAUGUGGCCGUGAAGGGACCAGAUGGUGCUGGCCACGGGAGUUAUUGGAACGUCGAGGUGGAGGCUUCGCGAAAUGUGGUGCUCAUCGACCUGGAUCUUUGGGAGGAGGAUUUGGAUGCGGACACCCGGAAGGGAAGGAGCGCCGUCAGCAAGAUGAAGGUGACCUGGCGAGGCAUCCGGAAGCAGGAGCUCUCCGAGCAGGAAGUCUUCGAGCGCUCGCGCCCGAGCUUCUUCCUGGUCGGCUCUUGGGAUUCCUUCAUGAGGCGGACGAAGAUGCGCUUCGAUGGGCUCCGCCAGUGCUACGUCGGCCGUGUGCCGAUGCCGGUGCGAGGCAGCGAGCUCUUCCAGAUUCUGUCGAACGGUGAUUGGAACAGCAUCCUGCAUCCAGGGAAUCACGAGGGGGGCAUGGAUUCUGCUCCGGUGCGAGGUGGUGGCGUGAGAGGUUAUCCCUCGUGGCGACUCGAUGCCGAUGAUGAGACCAGCGCGAGGGUGCCACAGCGCUUUGAGGUCUUAUUGCACACCAAGAAUGCGUUCUACCUCCAGUGGCAACCCAGCGCCCAGGCCGGUGAAGAGAGCAGCGAUGAGGAGCUGGACCCAGAGCUCUAUGGGCCACCAGGAGUCUUAGGGAUUUGAGCCACGAGCCGCUCCGUGAGAUCACGCCGGGGUGAACAUCAAUGGGUGCCCCAAGUAAGAUGUCCAA